CGGAGGCGCUUGGCUGCCACUCAGCAAAUGGAAAAUCUCCUUCGGAGACGCCGAUGCAAUAUACCAUCCUCGUCACAGCGGGGACAUUUAUCUCCCAGCACACAGACAGGUAAGCUGGAAUGCAUCAUACAUGCUCCCCAACCGCCUGGUGGGUUGAUGGCCUAUGAGGUUCAUUCCAACCUGUCCGAAUAACUACGACAACCCGUUCAUGCAGUCAAAGCACCGUUUAGCGAGGUCUAGCCACGCCACAGUGUGAGCUUCCACUUCCCAGCAAUUCGACAGGUAGGCCGAGGAUGCAUCAUCCACGUUCCCUAAUAAGAACCUGGUGGGGUGAUGGCCUAUGAGAUGGACUCCAGCCGGUCCAAAUACGGCGAACCCGUUCAUGCAAUUUUCUUCUUGAAUUGGACAUAAAUAUCGAUAUCUAUCGGGAUGAGACACCAUUCAGUUUCUUUUAUGCAUCGCAACCCUACCUUUAGUAACCGAAAUCUACUGCGCGCAGAUACGGGAAAUGGAACAACCUGGCCAGCUUCAGUUCGAGUCUCCUCGGCGUAGUUCAAUUACCGACGAAGAGAAUGUCGAAUCAGCCUCAAUUGUGGACAAAGCCGAGCGGGAUGCACAGGAAGAGCUUGCAGCACUGUCACAAGAAUUCGAGCGAGUAAGGGCAUUCCGAGCAGAGCUUGACCAGUUAGGCUGGCGUCUAAGUCACGAAAUGGAGCGCCUCUCGGCAAGAUUGAAAGUUGAAGAAGAUACAGACUCCCACAAAGAUACAGACUCAACUUCCACCGAAGAGAGCGAGCGCAUUUGCUUUGCAGAAUUAAAUUAUGUGCCACCCAGCAAAAUGAGAAAGGAACGGGAAGUGCCUGAGAAGUAUUAUGCCAUCGACAUUGUUUCCGACAACGCGAUUUCAUACCAGCCCAAACAUGGACAAGGAAAGCAACUAGAAAAGGCAUACGCUGUACUAGAUGAAGAGCCUGUUCAUCCUGAUGCCACAGACAAAACCCACUGGAUCCCCGACCGCGUCGUACUCAAUUCAGAACGGCUAAAGGUUCGGGUCGACUUUGAUCUCUGGGACGGAUCUCUUUCUUGGAGCAGCUGGGAGGCCUAUCACAUUUUAAGCCCCUUCAAAAUCCUGGUAUAUCUGGAUCAACCCAUCAGAGAACGUCUGCGAGAGUUCGAGCGUCUGUUUGCUACCAUGCAGCCCCCCUCGAACGGUGUCAAGAUGGAAACACUCCAACAAGAUCGAUGGCUGGAGAAAAGGCGACAGGAUGCAAAAGACAUGAGUUACAUCGACCUUCUCAGUUGCAUCAACGAUUUCCGUUGCCUAGUGCAGUUCAUGGAUGAACACAUCGAGCCAGUGAAGACUCGGCUUCAAAGUGACAACCCCGGACCAGUACGCUUCACAGACCUGUGGUAUGCCUUCCCCCCAGGCACCCUGGUAUACGUCAAGGAUAAAAACAUCCCCCAAAAGGUGUGGAAAGUUGUUCAGCGAACAGGCGGGCGCAGGUACCUGACCCGGCCAGACCACAUCCCCAAUGGCGAGUUUCGUAAUUUAUACUCGCAGUUUGUGCUGGACUGCUUCUACCUCGAUUAUGACGGAAUACGCUACGUGCCCAUCUUCCGUCAGUUCAAGCUUAAUGACUUUGAGGGUAGCCAAGCCAUUACAUCUCUCCCUGUUUAUCCCUUCCAAACAUCGGAGACAGCUAAGAGCAAGUCGGAUCUUCUCGACCGGGCUCAUCAAUUCAUCCAGUGCACUAGGAUGACCCACCGUUACUAUUCGGGGCGCACACAUUCCCGGACACCUGAUGGCGAGAAGCUCGCAGAUGUUCCACUUGGGAAACCCAGAAGCGUGUCAGUAUAUUCUGAGAUGGUCGACAGUGCCGUGGUGGUAGAUUUCGAGCGUGCCUUUCAAGAGGUCCCCGCGUGGCGUCCAGGAGGAAAUGAGCCAGAGCUCUAUCAAAUGUCUUCAGCCGAACUGGACUCCUAUAUGUACGCUAUGGAUCGCGACAGUAUAUGGGAUGCGCGCUCCUCAGAGGACUUCCUGGCGUCGGAGGGCCGAAAGUGGUUUCGCUGGGGAAAGACGGGCGAGCCGCCACGAGACGAAGAUGAUCUGCUCAUUUUGCCAGAUCGGGUGUUUGCGUACGUUCUUCGGACUCGCAAGUGGGCAUGUCUACAGCUGGGACACAACGCCGCUGGACAAGAGCAGCUCCGCGUUGUUCCACCGCGUCAAGAGCCCUGGAAUCAUCUCGAGCUUCCGGAGGGCCAUAAAGACAUUGUACAGUCGCUUAUCGACGCCCAUUUCGGAGUAGAUAGCUCGCGGAAUAUCCAUUUCGACCUUGUCCGUGAGAAAGGGAAAGGUGUUAUUAUCCUCUUACACGGUGUUCCUGGGGUGGGCAAAACGUCCACAGCUGAAUGCGCAGCUGAAAGCAAUGGCCGGCCUCUGCUACCUAUCACUUGCGGCGACCUUGGCUUGUCCGCAGAGGAAGUGGAAGACAAACUAAUGGAGGCAUUUCAGCUCGCUCAGGCAUGGGGGUGUGUGAUGCUUCUAGAUGAAGCAGACGUGUUCCUGGCUCGACGAGAACCGGCUGACACACAGAGGAAUGCUCUUGUCUCCGUCUUUCUUCGUGUCCUCGAGUAUUAUGAAGGGAUCCUCUUCCUCACCACCAAUCGAGUCGGCACUUUCGACGAGGCGUUCAAAUCCCGCAUCAAUGUCUCACUUUACUACCCGCCGCUGACUUGGUAUCAAACGAAGAGAAUCUGGACCUCCCAUAUCAACACCGCCACGGCCGAUGACACAAUCUUUUCGGCUAAUACAGAGUCUCUCAUCAAAUAUGCCUGGCAGCUCUAUGACAUCCAACUAACACAGAAACAGUUCGGUCCAAUCUGGAAUGGACGACAAAUCCGGAACGCCUUUCGGACUGCCGUUGCCCUCGCAAGUUUUCGGGCUCUGCCGGGCCAGCCCGUCCAGCUUUCGGAGGCCCAUUUCGCAAAGGUGGCGUUGGUUUCCAACCAGUUCAAUGAUUAUAUUUGGCGCGUCAAAAAGAGCCUGACCGAUAGUGACGUUGCCAAAAUCAAAUCCAUUCGAGUAGAUGAUUACGUGCCGGGCGAGACACUGCACGUCAUUCAACCGCAGCAGAACCAACCCAUUACGAAUGUUCAAGGGGGUCAAUUAUCGCCUGGGAUUCCUCGGGGGUUCACGCCUGUUCCGCAAAGCUCAGCCCCUGCCAUCCCGCAAUUCAAUGCACAGGCCCAGACAAUGCCAUUCAAUCCGUCUAGCCAAGGACAUCCCCAGCAGUUGUCUUAUGGCUCGGGGUCCACACCCUCGACGUAUAUGGGCUAUGGUGUACCGACGCCGCUGCAAAGUCCCCAGCAAAACGUGCAGUAUCAGCAGCUUCAGGGUCAACAGGGGAUGCAAACUCAACCACACCAGAGCCCACCACAGCAAAACAUGCAAUACCAGCAGGUUCAAAAUCAACAUGGGAUACAGACUCAAUCACACCAGAGCAUGCAAUACCAGCAGGUUCAAGGCCAGAAUGGGAUGCAGACUCAACCACAGCAAAACAUGCAGUACCAGCAGUUUCAAGGUCAGCAGGGGACGCCGUCUCAACCACACCAGAACCCACCACAGCAAUACAAUCCAGGCCCCAAUCAGUCUCCCCCUUAAGUCAAGAGGCAUGCAUAGUCGGGUCCUUGCGCAGUUUAAAUGCCUUAUUUAUAAGCCUAGAACCAUUUCUCGGAUUACCGCUUCAUUAGUCUGUUUUAGGGAGGGGGUUGGAUUGGAUCUUCUUGUUUAGAUAUCAAUGAAAAGAUUAUUUUUUCAGUUUUCG